UUAUUAUUAUUAUUAUUAAUCUAAUGAGUAACAUUAUGUUAAUAAGAUUAUUAAUUACAAUUAUUAUUAUUUCAUUUAUCUUAUUAUGUGCUAUUCAUCCAUCUAUAUGGUUUAUCAUUAAUCAUCAAUUAUGUUUAAAAGAGAAUAGUCCAUUAUAUAAUCAUUGGUUUAAUUCAUCUAUACCAAUUUAUAUACAAUUUUAUUUUUUUAAUUUAACAAAUCCAUAUGAAUUUCAAAAUGGUGCCAAACCUAAAUUAAAACAAUUAGGACCAUAUACAUAUAAUAUUAAAUAUUAUAAAUUCAAUAUACAACAUAAUUAUAAUAAUAAUACAAUAAAAUAUCAACAAUAUAAACGAUAUUAUUUCAAUUCGAAAUUAUCAAUUGGUCAUGAAACCGAUUAUAUAACCCAUGUCAAUUUAGGAUUUGUUGCCAUAGCAACUAAAUUGAAUUCGUUACCAUGGUUAAUUAAUUAUUUGAUUGAAUUAUAUGAAAAAUAUCAUCAUUAUAAAUUAAUACAAAUUAAAACAAUUCAACAAUUAUUAUGGGGUUAUAAUGAUGAAUUCUUAUUAUUAUUAUCUAAUUAUGGAUUUAAUAUAACAAUGACAAAGAUUGGUUUAUUAUUAAAUUAUAAUGAUACAUUCAAUGAUGAUAUCAUCAUUUAUGAUGGUUUAAAAGAUCCUAAAAAUAUGGGAAAAAUCAUACAAUAUAAUAAUAAGACUAAAUUAAAUGAUUGGACAACAAUCACAGCGAAUAUGAUCAAUGGUACCGAUGGUACAAUCUAUCAUACUUAUAUAAAUAAACAAGAGAAACCCUAUAUAUUUCUCAAUGAUUUAUGUCGUUCCAUUCAAUUAACAAGAGAUUCAAUCAAACAAAUGAAUCAUUUAAAUGUAUUUAAAUAUUUAUUAUCUGAGGAUACAUUUAAAUCUGGUGAAUUCUAUGAGAAGAAUAAAGGAUUUUGUUUAAAUUGGUCAAAUUGUUUUAAAGAUGGUGUAUUGGAUAUGUCAUCAUGUCAACCGAAUGCACCAAUUGUGAUAUCACAACCACAUUUUUUAAAUGCUGAUAAAUCUUAUCAAAAUGCUAUUGAUGGUAUACAAUCUAAUAAUGAUGAAUAUAAUACAACCAUUUAUAUUGAACCAACUACUGGUCUUAUUAUAAAAGCUCAAAUUAAAUUACAAAUUAAUAUUGUGAUUAGAAAUAAUAAAAAAAUUAAACAAUUAUCUAAUAUUUCAGAUGUUUUAUUACCUUUAGUAUAUUUCAAUGAAUCUGUCCAUUUAAAUGAAACAAUCAUUCAUCAAAUAAAUAUGUUACUUAUUCAAUUACCAAUGAUUAUUCAAAUUGUUUUAAUCAGUAGUAUCGUAUUCAAUGUUCUAUGGUUAUGUUCAAUUAUAUUUAAAUUAUUUAAACAAAAUAGAUAUAAUUUAAAUGAUCAAAGAAUCAAUGAAGAAAAUCAAUGGUUAUUAAGUGAUCAUUGAGAAGGUGUCAAGGAAACGUUUAUAUAUAUAUAUAUAUAUAUAU